CAAUGGAAUAUUCCCAUGUUUGGGUUUGUUGGGCAUACUGCCAAGCUGGACGACUCACUUCUUUAUGACACUUAUGUGAAUCUUGUCUCCCCUCUGCAAAUGAUAGGGGAAGUUCUAUGUAAGACUCUUCAGUAUUUUGGGUGGAGCUAUGUGGCUCUCUUUGGAAGCUCAAGUGAUGUUUUCACUUGGGCUGAAAUGGAGGAACUUUGGACCUCUGUAGAAAAUGAACUCAAAACUGAUAUCAUAGUCACCACUAAAGUAAAGUACAAUACGAAAGAUCAAAAUCUCCAUCAAGAAAAGCUCAGCUACGUAUCAUCUGUUGCCAGAAUCAUAGUUUUAAUCUGCAGCUCUCUGGAUGCAAGAUCCAUUUUGUUAGAAGCCAAAGAAUUAGGGAUGAUGAAUGGGGUGUAUGUGUUCUUUGUCUUGCAGCAAUUUGAGGAUAAUUUCUUGAAAGAGACUUGGACUAAUGAAAACAGCAGCAUCAUAGAGGUUUAUCAGCCUGUUUUUCUGAUAGCCCUCAGAUCUUAUAGAGAGUACAAGACCUAUCCAGAUUUUGUGAAAGAAGUCUAUGACAAACUGAAGGAGAAGCACCCUUCUUACAAUUUUCUCUCUUCAGAAGAAGAGGUAAGUUCUUAUGCAGCCUACCUCCAUGAUGCAGUUUUGCUUUAUGCAUUAACUAUAAAAGAAAUGUCAGAGCAGGGAAAGGACUUCUAUGAUGGAAGAGCACUUGUCAACACUUUGAAAGGCUACAAUAAAACCCUUGUGCAUGGCAUUACUGGCCCAAUACACAUUGAUGAAUCUGGUGAGAGAAAUAUGGACUAUUCUGUGUAUGCUCUACAGAAAUAUGGCAACUCCACACAUUGCAUUCCUGUUCUUAACUUUGACGGUCAUAGAAAAAUAAUCAGCCCAACCACAGAAGCCGACCGCAUCAGUUGGUCAGGUGGAGAAAUACCUAAAGACAAACCACUGUGUGGGUUUCACAAUAAACACUGCAGAACUCCAAUUACCAAAGGUAUAGCCCAGAUUGUUGUGAUAAUUCUCCUGAUAAUAACUGCGUCAGGAGCCAUUGGUGUGACAGUAUAUAUGAAAAUCCAUAAGUGGAGUCUUCAAAAGCAAAUUAAUGAUUUCUGGUGGAGAAUUAAUUAUGAGGAUAUCAUCAUUUUUAAUGAUAAUGAGGAAAACUUUGAUCUCUCUCAGUCAAGCACAUCGGUGCUCAGAGAAGCAGAAAAUGUUGGUUCUCAUUUGUUUCUUUCUGCUAAUAACUACUCUGGAUGGAAGAAGGAGCAUAAAAAAGAAGCAUUUUACACUUCAGUUGGACUUUAUCAGGAAAUUCUUGUCACUCUCAGAUUCACUGAUAGUCAAACAGAUGUCUGGAAACUAUCAGUUCUUCAGGAGAUUCAGAUGAUGAGAGAACUGAGACAUGAAAAUCUGGUGGUCUUCUAUGGAAUAUGUCCAGAGGCACCAAACAUCUGCAUUGUAAUGCAGUACUACAAGAAAGGAAGCAUAAAGGAUGUUUUGAUGCAUUCUGGUAUUGAACUGGAUUGGAUAUUCAAAAUCUCUUUUGCCUAUGACAUAGUCAAUGGUAUGUUGUUCAUUCACAACAGCCCUCUGAAGUCUCACGGAAACUUAAAGCCUACCAAUUGCUUGGUAGAUAGCCGCAUGCAGGUGAAACUAUGCGGAUUUGGGUUGUGGGAGUUGAAAUAUGGAAGGAAAACCAGGCUAAUAACAGAAGACACCAGUUAUACAACUCUCUACUGGACAGCUCCAGAAUUGUUAAGAAUGGGGGAAUAUCCAUUCCAUGGCACCCAGAGGGGUGAUGUCUACAGUUUUGCUAUUAUUAUGAGGGAACUGAUAUACAAUCAUGAAGACGGUCCAUUCCAAGACCUGAACAAGAGUUCAGAAGAAAUAAUACAAAGAAUCAAGGAAGCUAACUCUCCUGUUCCACUGCGCCCCACUCUUUCUGUCGAGAAAUGUAAUGAAAAUAUUGUUGCACUUUUGAAGGCCUGUUGGGAUGAACAUCCAGAGAGGAGGCCAACAUUUUAUGAUGUAAAGAGAGCACUGAGAGAUGCCAGUCCUGAAAGCCAUUUCAGUAUCUUGGAUAACAUGGUUAAUAAAUUGGAAAAAUAUGCAAAUCAUCUGGAGGAAGUUGUUGAAGCAAGGACAACUCAGUUGAUGGUGGAAAAGAAGAAGACUGAAAAGCUUUUAUCAGCCAUGCUACCUGGGUCUAUUGGAGAACAGCUUGUUGCUGGGAAAUCGGUGGAACCUGAAAGCUUUGAUUCAGUCUCCAUUUUCUUCUCAGACAUUGUUGGCUUCACCAGGUUGUGUGCUGUCAGCUCUCCACUGCAAGUUGUCACUCUCCUCAAUGACCUAUAUAGUCUGUUCGAUAAUAUCAUCAAAAUAUAUGAUGUUUACAAGGUUGAAACCAUUGGAGAUGCAUACAUGGUUGCUAGUGGCCUCCCCAUUCGUAAUGGGACAAAACAUGUUGAGGAAAUUGCUACUAUGUCUUUGCACUUUCUCAGUGCAAUUAUUUCGUUUAAGAUUAGGCAUAUGCCAGAAGAGAAACUGAUGCUACGUAUUGGCAUCCAUACAGGCCCUGUUGUUGCAGGAGUAGUGGGAAUCACAAGGCCACGCUACUGCCUCUUUGGAGAUACCGUGAAUACAGCUUCAAGGAUGGAAAGUACCAGUUUACCUCUGCAUAUUCAUGUAUCUGUGAUCACAGCAAGUGCUCUUCAGAAAAUUGGAGGUUAUGAUUUGCAAGAAAGAGGGAUUAUAAAAAUAAAGGGCAAAGGACAACAAAAAACCUUUUGGCUGAAAGGAAAAGCUGGACUUAGCACACUUCUGCCAGCAUUCAGCAGUGAUGUGGAAAACCGUCCAAAGGAAAAUUUGGAGAUUUUUCCUCUUGUCCUCAUAACUUCUGACCUUGUAUAUCUUCCAAGAUGCAGUUGGGACUGGACGCUAGGGCCAAUGUCCAGAGACUCCAAUUCCAGAUCCCAGCCCAAAGACCACAUGCAUUUUUAUCUAGAGAAUGGACACACGGAAUUUAGAGUCUUCCAUACACAGCCAACUAGAUCUUCACAAGCUAGUGCUUUAGUUUAUACUUCUGAAAUGCUGUGAACUGGAUUCAGUUGAUUCAUCUGUAUACUGGACAAUAUUGGCUGUGAUUUUCAUUUAUAUCUGUGACGUUCACCCUUGUGCCCCUUGCCUGACCCUCCAAACACAGAGCACACGAAGGCAAACUACUACUCCUUUU